AUGAUUUAUAAGAAAAGUCAUAGAAUCAUAAAGACUUUUUGUAAUACUAUCUUUAAAGACCAUGUCAAGUUAAAUUCAGUAUUAGAGAGCAAAGAUAUGGACAACUCUUUAUAUGCAUUGAUCAAAGGUGAACAGUUUCAAAGUAUUUAUCUAUACUUUACACUAAAUUUGUACUUUUAUAUUUUGAUUAUCCUCAGUCAUAAAGCAAAAUCAUUGGAUAACGAAAUAUAUAAGAAACGUACUUAUGCUUUCAUUAAGUACACCCCCGGUUCCCCCUCCAGUUAUGCAGAAGAUCAUAAGAAGUUGUUGCCAUUAGAUUGUGGCGCAAUCUUACUUGAUAUUUCACUAUUUAUUAUCCUUACGCACACCGAACCAGGUAGAGUUAUUCCAUGCCGUCAGAAAUGUCAUGAUUUGUGGUCCGUCACACUCUUGACCGUUCUGAUCUGUCCACACCAAGUUAGUGCGGACAGACUGAAAAGUUCAAAAGUUCGAACAUUAAAGCGGUAUUAUUUGAUUUGUUUAAAAAACAAGAUCAAAAAAGAUCAAACAUCUCUGACAGCAUUAUCUUCUUCCGCUGGCAAUUGA